UAUUUUGAGACUGCGGACAGCAGCUCUGGCUAGCAGACUGUUGCAGGACAAACCGGUUAAUUGCAACUGAAACGCUUGUUGGACAUUAUUUUGGCACAUCACGUUCGUCAUUACAGCUUCGACUUUUUCAAGUUUUAGAUCUGCCUAUCGUUCUAUUCCUUUAGAUAGUACAGCCGUUCUUCUGACCUUCGGCAGCACCAUUGAGAUGGAGCAUUUCGACGAGCGGGAUAAGUCUCGGAGACACAGCCGAGGAGGUGGCAAGCUGAACGGUGUGACCAGCCCGGCACAUAGCGCCCACUGCAGCCUUUACCGAACCAGGACCCUGAAGGCCCUCAGCUCGGAGAAGAAGGCCAAGAAAGUGCGCUUCUACCGGAAUGGGGAUCGCUACUUUAACGGGAUAGUGUACGCCAUUUCCGUGGACAGGUUCCGGUCGUUUGACGCGCUUCUGGCGGACCUGACCCGCUCCCUUUCCGACAAUGUGAACCUCCCGCAGGGCGUCCGAACCAUCUAUUCCGUGGACGGAACCAAAAAGAUAACCAGCAUCGACCAACUGGUAGAGGGUGAAAGCUACGUCUGUGGCUCCAUCGAGGUCUUCAAGAAGCUCGACUACACCAAAAACGUAAACCCCAACUGGUCGGUGAACGUGAGGAAUUUGUCCUCGGCAGCUGCCCGCGGGCCCCCAUCCCUGGCCAGCUCCAAAGCGGGGCCCCCCGAAAACCGGGAUCAGGGGGUGCGGGACUUCAUCCGGCCCAAGCUGGUGACAAUGGUGCGAAGCGGCGUGAGGCCCAGGAAGGCCGUACGCAUCCUGCUCAACAAGAAGACGGCUCAUUCGUACGAGCAGGUCCUGAACGACAUCACGGAGGCCAUCAAACUGGACUCUGGAGUGGUCAAGAGGAUCUACACCCUAGAGGGAAAACAGGUGACAUGUCUUCAGGACUUCUUUGGGGAUGAAGACAUAUUUGUGGCCUGCGGACCGGAGAAAUACCGUUACCAAGACGACUUUCAGCUGGAGGAGAGCGAAUACCGUGUGAUGAAGUCGGGGGUGUAUGGUAAAAUGUCUGCCCCCCUGACGAACCGCGUUUCCCCUCGUUCUGUUGGACAGUCUAGACGUAGCAAGUCCCCUGCUGGCUCUGUCAAUGGGAAUCCCUCCAGUCAGCUGUCCACUCCUGGAUCCGGGAAAUCUCCAAGCCCCUCCCCGUCCAGCCCUGCUUCAGACCUCAGACCACGCCGGGAGUCUCAGGGUUCGUCUAUAUCUCUGGCCUCAACCAAAGUCUGUAGCUCCAUAGACGAAGGGGAUGGACCAGUCACUGAAGCUGAGCCAGUAGCAAUGGAAGAAAUCCCGGCAUUGCCUGCUGCCAUAUCGGAACGCUACCGAGUCGGACGCACGUUGGGAGACGGGAAUUUCGCUGUGGUCCGAGAAUGUGUGGAACAUUCCACAGGCCGGGAAUAUGCCCUGAAGAUCAUCAAUAAGGGUCGAUGCCGUGGAAAGGAACAUAUGGUGCAGAAUGAGGUGGCCAUCCUCAGGCGCGUGAAGCAUCCCAAUAUUGUCCUGCUGAUUGAGGAGAUGGACACGUACAACGAGCUCUACCUGGUCAUGGAGCUGGUUAAGGGGGGCGAUCUGUUCGAUGCCAUCACCUCCACCAACAGAUACACAGAGAGAGAUGCCAGCGGGAUGCUGUACAACCUGGCCAACGCCAUCAAAUACCUCCACAGCCUGAACAUCGUACACCGAGACAUCAAGCCAGAAAACCUUCUAGUGUAUGAGCACGCUGACGGCAGCAAGAGCCUGAAGCUGGGGGACUUCGGCCUGGCCACCGUGGCGGACGGCCCUCUGUACACCGUCUGUGGAACGCCCACCUACGUGGCGCCGGAGAUCAUCGCGGAGACGGGGUAUGGCCUUAAGGUGGACAUCUGGGCGGCAGGUGUCAUCACCUACAUCUUGCUGUGCGGCUUUCCUCCCUUCCGCGGGAGCUGCGACGACCAGGAGCUGCUGUUUGACCAGAUCCUGACAGGCCAGCUGGAGUUCCCUCUACCAUACUGGGACAGUGUGUCAGAGAUGGCCAAGGGGCUGAUCCGGUCCAUGCUGGAGGUGGAGGUGGACCAGAGAUACACGGCUCUCCAGGUUCUGGAGCACCCCUGGGUCAACGACGAGGGUCUGUCGGAGAAUGAGCAGGAGUUGUCUGUAGCAGGGAAGAUAAAGAAGCACUUCAACACUGGACCCAAAGCUAACGCCACCACCGCCGGGGUGUCUGUCAUCACAUUGGACAACAGCUUCUCCAUGCAGCGCUCUGGGUCAUUGGACUUCUACCAGCACCCUGCCAUGUACUGGAUAAGGCCACCGCUCUUGAUAAGGAGAGGCAGGUUCUCGGACGAGGAUGCAACCAGGAUGUGAGGGUUUGCCCAUCGCCGUUAACGACGACAUCAAUAAUAACAACAACAAAGACGGACAGACUGCCCAGCUUCCUCAUGGGCCCGACCCUCGCCCCCUCCCUCUGGCCUUUAA